AUGGCAGGAUGGCCACAGUCACGGAUGUUGCAAGGUAUUGUUGAAGAUGUAGUUGCCCGAUUCAGGAGGCCAACAAUACUUUGCCAGACUUAUGGAAGGGAAAAGGCCAAGGUGCACAUGGGACAUGCUAGAAUCUGCUAUGUUGUGCCAAAGAAGCUGCUCUAUGAGAAGUCCAGUUAUUUCCGAUCUGUCUUCACAGGCGGCUUUGAAGAAGCCAAUGCUAGCGGACCUGAACUUCCCCAUAUCGAGGCCGAAACCUUCGAGCCCGUUGUGAAAUGGAUGAUGUCUGGGAUAAUCGAAGUGCCAAAAAAAAGACUUGGUGAUGUGUGCUCCUCUAUCGACGACGACGAGCAAGGGGAAGCUGCAGCGGGAGUCUUUCGCCAAGCGCUCGUGGUUGAGGAAUGGAUGGACUCUCAUACAGAGACAGAGAGCUAUCUGGCCACGGUUUGGGUGACCUGCAUAAUUUUGCCUAUGUCAAACAAUAACAAGUCACUCAUCAGUGUUCAAUGCACAAGCUUACAGAACGAAAUCGACUAG